AUGAAACGAUGGAACACAAGCAGUACUGUCACAGAAUUUAUUCUUGUAGGAUUCCCCACGCUCUACAGAUAUGGACCAUUGCUAUUUAUCUGUCUUCUUCUUGUUUACGUUCUUACCAUUGUCGGUAAUGUUGUUAUAUUUGUUCUUGUAAGGUUGGACUCACGUCUCCAAAUACCUAUGUACUUUUUUAUCAGUAUUUUAUCCAUCCUAGAAAUUUGUUAUACAGCAGUUACCAUUCCGAAGAUGUUGAUCAACCUCCUGGUGGCAAAGAGGAGUAUAGAUUUUACUAGCUGUCUCUUGCAGACGUAUUUCUUCCAUUCUCUUGGAGCCAGUGAGUGCUAUCUUCUAACCUCCAUGGCCUACGACCGUUAUCUGGCAAUUUGUCAGCCACUGCAUUACUCUUCCAUCAUGACCUCCACUAUGACUAUAAAAUUAGUAGUCACCUGCUUUAUUUUGGGUUUUCUGUGCCCUAUUACUGAAGUCAUCCUCAUAUCCCGACUGCCCUUCUGUGGGAGUAAUGAAAUCCAGCAUAUCUUCUGUGAUUUCCCACCAUUGCUCAGUUUGGCUUGCACCGAUACAUUUAAGAACGUUCUUGCUGAUUUUGUCAUCAAUAGUUUUAUUAUCCUAGUGACAUUCACCUUUAUAAUGAUUUCCUAUAUUAGGAUAAUCAUAGCUAUCUUGAAAAUAAAGACAUCUGUGGGCCGAAUGAAUGCCUUCUCCACCUGUGUGUCCCACUUGACUGUAGUCCUCAUGUUUUUUUCCUGCAUUGUGUUCAUGUAUGUGCGGCUUACAGAGAGUUAUGGUUUGUAUUAUGACCGUGUUCUUGCUGUUGUUUAUUCUGUGCUUACCCCUCUAUUGAAUCUUUUUAUCUAUAGCUUACGAAACAAGGAGAUCAGAAUGGCCUUUAAACGUUCCAUGUGUUGCAAAAGUUUUCACAGCUAUACAACCAAUGCAAAGUGUAAGACUAUGGUUUGA